AUGAAGGCAAGGGAGUUUGAAUGGCUUGAUUUAUACAAACAGUGGGCACAGGAAAUAGAUCCAGCCAGCCUGAAUGUUUUCACACAAUCUUUGGCAAACCAACCAGAAGUCCAGCCUUCAGAGGCUGUGCACAACCUCAAUUGCACGGGUGAUGGAACCAUCAAAGGCCCAGUCAACACCCCACUUCCCAUUCACCCCACACCAUCACCAGAUAUCAUGGCUAGAGCCAUCAAUCCACCCAAACAGCUGCCGCACACUUUCCAACUUCAACUGUUAGAGAUAGAGGUGAAGAAUAUUCAGAAGAAACUUGAGAUCAAGAAUCAGUAG